AUGCCUCCCUACGAAGACGAUUUCCGCUCCUCGACGAGCAGCGAGGAGAGCGGUGGCGGGCGCUGGGAUGCCGAGCGGUUUGCACGCGAACGUGAAGAGCGGCUGUACGGCGGUCAUGGCCCGGCUCCUGCUGCGGUCAGGGAGCGUCCUGGUCCGUAUGAUGCGUACGGGCGCCGCCGGGAGGAUGACCGCUUCGAACGCCGUCUGGCCGAGGAAGACUACUACCGACCUCCCCCCCGCCGAGCGGAACGAUUCUUCGACGAAGACGACCUCUAUUAUGUCUCACGCGGAUCGGGUCCCUUGGUCGCGUAUGACCGCCGGCGCGAGGAGACGCCUCCCCGUCCGAGUCUGCUGAGACGUCAGUCGUCUUUGGAUACCUUUGACCGGGUUCCCGCGCGGAGGAUCGAGCGUGCUCCCCCGAUUGCGCGCCGCCCUCCCCGACGACCUUCUUCCCCCCUCCGGUACGCCGAUCACGACGACUACGAAGACAUUGGCAUUGCCGAACCGGACUACUACGGUGACGAAGAGUACCGCAACUUCGAGGAGCGUGAACGGGUCCGUCGCCCGAUGCGGCCAAGCAAUGAGGGUGUCGUCAGAGAAAGGGUGGUGGACGACAAAUUCGUUGAGAAAACCUACCCCCGGAAAGGAAAGACUCGGAUGCCCAAGCGACUGGUGAAUACACGAGCUAUCAUCGAGUUGGGAUAUCCCUUUGUCGAAGAGGACGACGCCAUCGUGAUUCAGAAGGCUCUAUCGAAAGAGCUCAUCGAUGAGGUGAUCAGUCUGAGCCGAGAGAUGAGGCGGAAGUCCGAAACUGUCGCGAUUCGGAAGCACGAAGCAUCUCCGCCUCCACCGGUUCGUGAGAGAGAGGUCAUCGAGCAAGUCGUUGUGGAUUCUCGUUCUCCGAGACGUACCCACGACCACCUAGUUGUCGAGCGGUCGCCGUCCCGGCACCGGGCUCGAUCCCGGGUUCGUGGGGAGGUCGUCAAGAAACGAGAAGUGAGCGAGGUGCGUCCCCGGUCAGUCUCGGUCCACCGUCAUCGUCGACGGUCCUCUCCGGUUCGGAUUGUUGAGCGCCGCGAUGUGGACUCCAACGCGCUCGUCCUGGCCGAACGUCCUCGCCGCACCGAGCGGGAAAUCCAGGAGGAGAUCCGGGCACUGGAAGAGGAGAAGCGAAUGCUGCAGUUGGAACGUCGUGGGGAGCACAAUGUUGGGUCGGUGGAUGUCAUCCGCGACAAGAUCAUUGACCGCGGCAAUGAGCGCGAGGAGAUCAUUGAAGUGCGCAAGGAUCGCAAAGCCAUGAUGGGAAUGUACUGCCGUUGUGGCUUUGGCGGGCCCGUGGGCGGUGACCCACCGUUGCCAACGCUGCCAACGCGCCUCACAUCUGUCCUCUCUCAACCAGUUGCACCAUUCCCAUUGGAUUUCAUCACACUUGUGUCUCGUGUUUCCGCAAAAAUGGACAAGGUGCAGGCCUUUGGGAAGAACAUCAGUGCCUCCUUCCAGCCAUUCGCCGCCCGGACUCAGCAGUAUGUCAAAGAACAGCUCGGCGCUGCCGACGAGAAGACCCAGCUCCCGGAUGACUACAUUGAGCUGGAGAAGCGGGUCGAUGCCUUGAAGCAGGUCCACCAGAAGCUUCUUUCGGUCACCUCGCAAUACUCCAAUGAAGCCUAUGACUACCCGCCCAACAUCCGCGAGUCCUUCAACGACCUCGGCCGGACCAUUAGCGAAAAGGUCCAGCUGCUGUCCCACGCGACUUCGCCUGCUGAGGCGCAGGCUGCGCUGACUGCUCCCCCGUCCGCGAAGCCGCAACCCAAGACGUUCAGUCAUGCCAUUGCGCGUGCCGCGCUGGCUGGAUCCCAGCUGAUUGCGCAGACUACCCCCGACCGAGAGGACCCUCUUGCCACCGCGCUGGAGAAAUAUGCGCUCGCGUUGGAGAAGGUUGGCGAGGCCCGGCUUGCGCAGGAUGCGCAGAUCCAGUCUCGUUUCCUGGCGGGGUGGAACACCACCCUCAACACCAACCUGACGUUUGCGACCAAGGCGCGCCGGAACGUCGAGAACGCGCGCCUGUCGCUGGACUCGAUCAAGGCGCGUAAGAAGGCGGCUGCUCGGGGUGACCUGGACAACCUCAGCGAGGAUGCUCGUGCUGAGAUCGAGCAGGCUGAGGAUGAGUUCGUCGGCCAGACUGAGGAGGCCGUCAGCGUGAUGAAGAAUGUGUUGGACACCCCGGAACCGCUGAGAAACCUUGCGGACUUGAUUGCUGCGCAGCUCGAGUACCACAAGAAGGCUUACGAGAUCCUGUCCGAGCUGGCCCCGGUCGUUGAUGGCCUCCAGGUGGAGCAAGAGGCCAACUACCGUAAGAGCCGCGAGGGCGCGUAA